AUGAGCUCACCAGCGCUGUCGAGCGCAUCACUUUCGUCAAACCAAGCUGGAGGGGCAGUAUCAUCGACACCGCUUGCAACAGAGCUAUCCACGGCGCCAACAACAGCAAUUACCCCCUCGUCUGCGUCGAUAACUCCUGCAGUCUCGCAAACCUCAAACCCAAGUGUGAUCACAUCCAAUUGUACAACGUUUUGGCCUGGCGGCGGCAUCGAGGAGGUAAGAUGUCCUACGGGUACGACCACGACGUCAGUUAUACCCGCAAACAAUGGUGCCUCGACGUUCAAGUCUGUGACUAGCCAGCCUUCGGUAAACGGCAGCACGGUGAAUGGAGGUCCUACAGCGUCAGUUGGUCCGCUGCCGGCUCAGAAAGGGCUUUCUGGAGGUGCGGUUGCUGGGGUGGCUAUCGCGAUGUUACUCGUCGGAUUGCUGAUCGCUGGAGCUAUAUUCUUCUUCUUACUACGACGUCAAAAGAAGAAGCGGUACAAUCUAGUCCAGACUCAGCCAUCACCUCAUGCGCCCGUAAAUGAUGCUACUAGAACGUUGGAGAAAGGACCAACAGCCGUAACCAGCGCGUAUGCAACGAACAUCGACGAUAUGCUACCCCAGCCCGUGGCAGAUGACACUAUCACAGACGCAGUCUUGAAGCUACGGGACAACAUCAAGAACCACGUUCGCACCUAUUAUCAUCUCUCUCCCAUCUCGGCAGCCAGUGUCAGUCAGGCACAUAUGGGCCAACUAGCAACCGCAACCGGUACAAGCUCUGCUACACUUGCAAGCAUGCUUUCGAGCACCUCAACCAGAGCCGAGACACUUCGCCUCAUUCUUGCCUGGAUUGUGCUAUCGAGAUGUACAGGAGGACGCGAUGAGAGCCUGCUGCCCCGGGAACUUGCGGCAAUCGACAUGGUCAUACCAGGAAAGGAUGGCAGCAAUACUGCCCAAUCAGCCAUGUACAGCAAAUGGAAAACCGUAACUGGAACUCUGCUGCAUGAGCGAAUUAGCCAGAAUAAACAAGACUCGGAUCGCAAGCAAAAAUUUGCCAUCGCGGUUGCAGAUCUGGACUCUAUUGUGGCGCCCUUUGUGCAGAGUGGCUUGGAAGCUCAACGCAGCAAGAAUCUGGACAUGAUUCUGUCGCGAUCUGCAAACUUCGCGUUCCUACUCUUUUCACAGCCCGGUUCAUUCAAAUUUGAGUUCUUGAGCGAACAUGGAGGUUUGGUAGUAUUUCCAGGCCUGGUACAAACGGCUGGAGACCAGGGGCAGGUGCUGGGGCCCCCGCGCGUGCUGCUGGAAAAGGAGAUUGCGACAUGA